GGCGAUAAUUAGAAGAUGCUAGGCCGUCAAGCACUGCGGCAGUUGGCCAUGCGGCCUUUGGCAGCAGCUGCGGCCGUUGUGACUGCGCGCUCGAAUGCACCGCGCUUGGCAUGUGAUGCAGCGCAUCGGGCAUGCUGGACCCUGGCUCGGGUGGGGUUGCCACAGCCUUCUCUUCUGCAGGCGCGCAGCAGCUUGGUUCGCCCAGCACCGCUGCUUCAAGGACAAAUGCCAGUAUCUGGGUUCUUGCAGCAGCAACAGCGCGGUCUUAAGACUCUAAAACGACAAAUCAAGCGUCGCUACCGCGACCCUCCAAAGUACAAGAUGAAGCGCAAAAAGGCCAUGGCAGCGCGCUUCAAGAUUGUCGGCAACGACAAGGUCAAGUACUGGCGUGCCGGGCGCGUGCACAACUCCUCGGGCAAGACCAAAAAACGCCUACGUCUCUUGCGCCGACCGGGUUACGCUGUUGGACCACGUCGAAAGACCAUCCUUCGUGGUCUGCUCGGCUACAACUAAAUUCCCAACGACUGCCCCUUUACUGCACAUCGUGGACGUUGACUCGACCCCCUUUUUCAGUUUUUAUCAGUGCCAUGGUUGUGCCGGUUAUCAUUCAAGGAUUCUCGGAGCUCACGCCCUCCAACGCUGCCCCAUCAACAUAUUCUUUGUCACCCUCAGCUGAUUCGGUCCCACUCUCUUUUUUUCCUUCCCCUUUUGCUUCAGUGCGUCUGCUGGGCGUGGCGGCUUUGUGUUCCUGGCCUUUUGCUUGCCCUUCUUGCUGAGGCCGGUUACACUGCAGCUUGGCGUGAGGGCAAACCUUUACGGGACCAAACAUCCAAUGGUGUAGGCGCACAGGGGUCUUCCUCUGGCCAUGAUGCUGUGCUUACUGACGCAAAAUCUCCUCUCGUGUCACAAGGGUUUUUUUGUUCACAUCUCACCCUCCCUCUCCAGACUAAAAACAAGAACAGACUCGGCAUUCCGGGCCCUCUCAAAUUUACAAAUCAAAGCC